AAGAUGAUGAUAGGAGAGAGUAAAGGUGAUCAGAAUACCUCCUCUGUUGAUAUUCCUUCUGGAAUAACUGGAACUAAGAGAAGAUGGAAGGUUCGUAGUUUAGCAAGCACUGAUUCACUAAAGCUGAGGUUCCUGCAGUGGAACAUUCUUUCAGCUGAUUUCAUGGAAGGAUUUGAAACAGUGGAUAUGAAUACUUGGACAGUAGAGCAUAGAGAGCAAUUAUUUGAAAACCAAGUCAUCGAUUCCGCUCCGGACAUAAUAUGUUUACAAGAGGUGAAAUCAAGUGGAGACUUUUUUUGCAUUCAGUCUAUUUGUAAAAGGUUGUCUGAACAUUGGCAGCUUGCUGGAUACGUUCCCAAGAAACAUAAGCGAGAUGGUGUUGCUAUUUUUUAUCGACCUCAGAAGAUUCGAUUGCUAUCUACCGUUGCAAUUCCACUAUAUGUAGAAGAAUCCGAGUCGCAAGUGGCUUGUCUUGCAACUUUUGAACACCGGUCAGAGUCAACUCUUUUCACUUUUCAUGUGAUAAAUACCCAUCUAAAGGCUAAAAGAGACAAUCGAGAGAUACGUUUGAGACAAGUGGAUGCUCUUUUGAAUGCGUUAAGUCUCUGGAAUAUCGAUAAUGAAAAGGCGGUCGUGAUACUGUGUGGUGAUCUCAACGCAGAACCAUACGAAGCCACCAUAACUAAGCUACAGUCCUUUGGUUUCCAGUGGAUAUACCAGCAAAUGCAGAUAGACGACCCCAUUUUGUACUCUUCAAAUAAGAAGAGACAAGGAGAAGAAUAUCAGAUUCGAAUGCAGGAUUAUAUUUUCAUCAAGUCAAGCAGUCAAUUUUCAAUCGAUUGUGAAUCAUGUUUACUUCCCCCACUGAUUCAUGCUGAACUUAAUGCACUGUGGAUACCUAAUCAAGAAUAUCCGUCUGAUCAUUGGGAUAUUGUCACGGACUUGUCUGUUACCCCCAAAUGAUUCCUCCAAUAAAGUUUAAUGGCGUUGA